CAAAACAACACAGAACGUGCUCUGGCCCCCCAAGACCUUUUCAACGUUCCUUUUACCCCCAAAACCGCCCCCGAUUUUCUUCCAGCCCCCAAAACCAAUCCCCAGGCGUAACGCCGUUUAAACCCCGCUCGAAAUGCCCAAAAUACCCUUACGUUUAAAAUUCCCCGUUAUGAGUUACCUCCUCGUCCGUACCCUGUCAUCUCUCUCUUCUGCAAGCAAACCGACUCCAGAAACCCAAUUCAAAACCCUAGCCCUAAAUCAACCGACCCCAACUCAAACCGAAUCAAAGCAAAGGGAUCAAAAUGGCCGGCGAUUCAACCCCCAAAGCCAACCUCAAUGCCGACCACAGCGAAAGCGAUUACGCCCAGCGGUUCGAAAUCUCAGAAAGAGCCCAGACAACUGCAGUGCGGGCUGAAUCUGAAGCUCGGGCUGCGAUUGGUGAUGUUCUAGAGGACAUCGCAACCAGCCAUUCUCAUCCCAGAAGCCCGCCUCAAAAUUUAAGUGUAGGCCCACGCGAAGGUCUAGAGGGCAGCACCGGCACCACCGGCGCGUCCAACGAUGCCACUAGAGCGCUCCUUGGUCUACAGAGAGGAGAAGAAGAGAAGCACGUGGCAGCACCCAAAAGAAAAAGGGCAAAGCCAGCUAUUACGUUGCGGCCCACCGCCAGCUUCGGUGCCUAUCACGACUUCAUGCAGAAUUUGGUGACGCGUAUGGGGCCAAGGCAUUUUGCGGCCUACGAAGAUAGUGUAUUCAGACACUACGUCCAAUUUGGCCCACCUGGCGUCGAUCUUCCCACCUUUGAGCACAUUUUGAGUCAGUGGGACAAGAAGAGCAAAAAAUUCGUCUUCACCGAUAGGAAUGAUGGAGAAGAGAUCCCAUGCUCAUUCAACCUUGAGUGGGUAAUGGAGCAUACAUGGUUCUCCAAUGAGGGGCUUCAUGUUGACCACAAUCGGGACAGGAAAAAUAGGAUUUGGUCCAGGUUCUUUGACAAACCCGAGACGGGGGGUUCCAGCAGUAUAGCUCCCCCCAAAGGAGGCCCCACCAGACGCAAUGUGGAGGACCUGCUCUUGAAGCUGGUACUAUCUUCUGAUCGCCGAGAUGUGAAGGACUUUGUCCUGCUACAGAUCCUCUAUCAGCUGAGCAUGAUUUGGUGUCCAAGCAGUGUUUCCGGCGUUCCUAGGCAUUUAUUCAAGUACGUCGACAGCAUCGAACAGGUCAACAACACUGCUUGGGGGACCUAUAUAUUCAGUGAGACAUCUGACGCGAUAGAGAGGGCACUGAAGGGUCCUGAGCCAGGGAAGACGACAUUAUAUCUGCAAGGGUGUACCCCUCUAGUUUGUUUGUGGUAUUAUGAACUCACCGGCAUCAAGAAGCCAGCACUUGGUUGUACGGUGAGGCCUCCCCUGACAAAUUGGGUGAGACUUGGGCACGUUGCUGGUUCUUUGAGAUUGGCCACUGUUGUUGCGAAAGCAAGCAAAGCUACGAUAAAGCUUCCACAGCAACAUGGACAACUUCAAAGAAUCGAGGGAGGUUUUUGGGGGAAGGAGCAGGGGAUAGAGAAAGAGAAGAGGAGAGAGAGAGAGAAGAGGAGGAUUAAGGGUCCGGCUGCAGUAGACGCCGGCAGGGCUCGUGGCCCAAUAGACCUUCUUCACAAGAAGAAGAGGAGAGAAGAAGAUGACGACAUCCCAAUUGAUGCACUUGAUAUUGAUGAAGACGCCGAGCAGCCAAAUGAUGCAGUUGAGCAAAUGGAUUGGCCUCAGCAAGUUAUCUACUGGAAGAGCAUCGCGGCAAUGAACGAAUCAUUACGCCGCGAGAACGAGAAUAAAUUCAAGGGUAUGAUUGCUGCAGACCGUGUAAAGAUAAGUGCUCUUUCUGUGAAGGUGGCUAAGCUGUCUGCUCAAAAUAGAAGACUGAGAGAGGAACUAAGCGAAGCACGAUCCGGAACCCUCUCUGUAUACAAGGAUAAGAGCCCUACAGGAUUGGUGUCCAGCCCAUUGAUGGAGCCGCAAACUUGUACAGACACUCCAGGCACCGUGGGUGGCAUUGAUGUACAGUACGAUGGGGAUGUCAAUAAAUCAUUAUUAUUUGAUGAAGCUAAUAAGGAGAGCGAGGCCCCUCCAACAGGGAGGGCCUCUCCACAACCAUUGUUUUCUGAUAUCCACAAGGAGAGUGAAGAUGCUCCGCCAGGAGAAUUACCUCCACCAGAGGCAUCUGCUGUUGACAAGGCCCUUGAGGCAGAAAUAAACGAGGGAGAGAAGGUGUCCCCGCCAGCGAAGGAGCUACUAACUUGUACAGAAACAGGCACUCAACGCGAGGGCACUGGAAGGGAAAUAACGCCGGCGGUUGAAGUCCCUUCUGCAGGUGAUGGGGAGACGCAAACUUGUAUAGACACUCUGCGGGAGGACACUAGGAUGGAAAUAAAGCAAUCAGAGAAUGCCCCUCCACCAGCAGAAGAGACAUCAACUGAUGACGAAGAUGCUCCUAUUGUGUUUUCAAAGGUUUUGAAUAAGAGAAAGAGGGGUGCAACGGGGGCACGCGGGAAGAUGGCCGCUGCUGCACCCCCUAAACGGAAGAGAUGCAAAAGAUCGGUGAAGCCUUCCAAGUGGGUAGUCACCCCUUACACUGAAGGGAAGAAGAAGAAAGAAAAAGACAACAUAGGGGACAAGGCUAUAAUAGAAGUGGGUGGGGAGGAGGAAGCGCAGGUGCAGGAAAACAAUGCAGAGUUGGCUCCUGCUCGGCUACAAAGUGACCCCCACUCUAUCUGGGAAAAACACAUGAGUUCCCCUAUGAGUUCAGAAGAAGAAAUGUACAGAGAUAAGCUGAACGAGGGGAUUCCCUUUCCAGAUGGCUUCAUCAUCAAGUUUUUGGGCGACAAGGACACAUUUGUACAUAACUAUAAGGUGUCAGCAGACGUUGCCGCGCUACUGACGGAAGAGGAGCAAAAAGCUCUUAACCAUUUUUGCAUUUGUAGAUGUAACAAUUUUAUUAAAGUGUACGAGGGAUCAGCAGGGUCUAUUACCCGGCUUGAGAUCCUCAAUAUAUUACGCGGUGGGCGACUGGAUGAUUCACUUGUUGAUACGCUGCUUGAUUUAGUUCGUGAAAAUCAGAGAGCAUCGUCCAGUAUAAAAUUCGGCGUAGUCCCUGUUUGGUUUAGUCACCAGAUACAUGUGCUGAAACCAGAUUACCAAGAGCUGCAUGAUAUCUACAUCAAACGCUUGGUCGAUGAAGGGUGUACUAACCUCUUAGUUCCCAUUGUCCAGGGCGAUCAUUGGCAUCUUCUGGAGUUUGAUGUCGAAAAUGAUAUUGCCAGGCAUUACGACUCCUUGAAGGAGAGAUCUGGACAUUGGGACCCUGUGCUCAAUAUCGUCAAAGCCUUCAACUACAUUAAAGCUGGCUUCAAUGAGAACCAAUUGCGCAGCGUAUUCGACCCAAUCAAAGUUCCAUGCGAGGAGCAAAAGGGAUCGUAUGACUGUGGGAUCUAUGUCUACCAGUUCGUACAAGCGAUUACCGAAGGUAGAGAUGUCCUGCACGUCACGCCCGAAGAGCAUAACACAUGGGUGGUUCGUGCGAAGCUAGCAGCGUACUUACUGAUUGAAGGCAGGAAGAGGAAAAAAGAGGUGGGAAAACUUGACGAUGAUGACGUUGAGAUGUAG